GAGUGGCCGUAUCAAGAUGUUGUGGCAUAAUGCAGCCUCUAACUGAUCUGGAUUUCAAUGCUUCAAAAAAGUUAACCUUUGACAUCAUAGGCAAUGAACUAACUCCUUCCUCAAAAUAUGACUUCAAAUUCAAAGACUACGCUCCCGAAGUCUUUAGAGAACUAAGACACAUCUUCGGUCUAGACCCCUCAGACUAUUUGGUUAGCUUAACUGCUAAAUAUAUCCUAAGUGAACUCGCUUCUCCAGGAAAAUCAAAAUCUUUCUUCUACUAUUCAAGAGACUAUAAAUUCAUUAUCAAAACAAUCCAUCAUUGUGAACAUCGUCAACUAAGAAAAAUCCUUAAAAGCUAUUACGAUCAUGCAAAACAAAACCCAAACACCUUAAUCUCUCAAUUUUACGGCUUGCAUCGUUUGAAGAUGCCCUUUGGCUCAUCUGGAAAUGGCGUUAGAAAAGUCCAUUUUGUUGUCAUGAACAACCUAUUCCCUCCUCAUAGAGAUAUCCACAGAACUUAUGAUUUAAAAGGCUCUACCCUACAAAGAUAUACCGACGAAGAAAAAGCAAACCUAAAAAAAAAGAAAAAUAUUGUCUUGAAAGAUAACAACUGGUUACAAGAUGAUAAAAGAAUUCAAUUAGGACCCUUGAAGAGAAAACAAUUUUUAAAACAAUUAUCAAUUGACGUAGAAUUCCUAAAAAAAUUAAAUAUCAUGGAUUACUCUUUAUUAUUAGGUAUUCAUGAUGUUAAUAUUGGUAAUAAAAACGAUCUAAAUAGUAAAAGAUUAUCAGUUUUUGCUCCCCCAACUGGCGCAAAUAAGCUAACAAUUAGAAAGACAAAUCCAAUCUCAAUAGAUAGAGUUAAAGAUUUGCCAAUUGCAGAAUUCCCCGAUAGAGCCAAAUUUUAUUUUUACAGUCAUGAUGGGGGUAUUAGAGCUACUGAUGAAAAUAAUGAACCUAUCGACGAAAUUUAUUACAUGGGCGUAAUUGAUUGUUUAACUAAUUACUCAAUAAUUAAACAUAUGGAAACAUUUUGGAAAUCUAUAAUGCAUCCCAGAAAAACCAUCAGUGCAAUACCUGCAAGUGAAUAUGGUGAUAGAUUUUAUGAUUUUAUUACAAAAGCUGUUGAACCUAAAAAAACUGAAUAUAAAGAUAAACCCGAUUUAAAACCCUACAAAGAUUGACUGCAAACUGAUUUGGCACUUAAUUAUUUUCUGUCUUUUUGUUUGUUUUUAUUAUUGGUCAUUUACCAAUCUGUCAAGUGUUUUUAAGUAACCAAUUUGUUUUAAUUUCUCUUAAUUUGUUUCAUAUCUUAUUGGUUUUUUUUUUCAAAACAAUUUUAUUUUACAACUCAUGAACUAUUUUUGUUAGUCUUAUUUCCCCCCUCCCCCAUUUUUUGUUAUAUUUGCUCACUACUUACAACCUACGGUUUGUUAUAAUACUUUUUCAACUUCAACCACAACUACAAUUAAAGCUUUAGCUUGAUCUAUUCUUCGGCUUUCAAUUUUCAACUUCAAUUUUCAGCUUUCGAUUUCAAUUUCAAUCACAGAUUUGAUUUUUUAUUUUCUUUUACU